AUCUCGAGACUGGCCAAGGUGCAUAUGUCCUGGUGGCUAUGGUGGACCUCGAUGCAAUAAGAAACCAGUAACAAAGUGCAGCCAUAAAAUUUAUGCUUCCCCUAACUGGACGAGACUCGAGGAUACUAUUGGCCUUGGCCGUGGUGAGCAGGAAGAUUUCGAGAUAUGUCACUACCGGAUUAAGGUAAGUCUUAAAUCCCAAAAAAUAACAGGCCAAUAG